CUCAACGGCCGCUGGCGGCCGUUGAAAAAAGAUGGGCCAAACAUCCUCCAGCUGCUGCCAGGAGGAACCUGUCGAUGUUCCAAAGGAAGUUGUGCUGCACCAAUUCAACGAAGCCGAAGCAGAAGACACCGAUGGAAUCGGCCCCAGUUCAAAGGCGUCCACCCACGAUGUCAAAGACAUCAUGGUGGAGAUUCCAGAGCAAAAGCCAAAAGAUGAGGCUGGUCACAGGCUCCAGAAGCCAAUGAGCGGGAGCAGUCGCAUAGAGAAAAUGGAGCAACUGGCAGUUGAUCACGAAAUUGUUCGUGGCAUUCCUCUACGCGAGUCUUUGAAGAAUUUCGGGCGACUCUGGCGUUGGUCUCCCCUAGAUUUGGUGGAGGAGGACCGCAAGAAACUUUGGAAUCGCUCCAAAAAGGUGACAGGAUUUGAUGUUUUCCUUUCACACACCUGGCUGACAAAAGGAAGGUGGAAAGUGCUCACUUUACUCUUGCGAUCUGGCUGGCAUAUCAUGUUGCUUGGGUGGCUUGUGGCCACAAUACUUGCAAUUCUACUUUGUCUCAAUGGCGUUUUGCCCAUGGCAGCUGUCUGGCACGUGAGCCUUGAUGACUGGAACGGCGACUGUGGAAUGGGCUAUUGGAUUUGGAUCGUGGGCAUGAGUGGCGGAUUUCUGGGACUUUUUCUCUCAGUUUAUAUCCCUGGCAGUAUCAGCAAGUCAGAGGUUUGCUUUCUCGAUGUGGUAAGUAUCCAUCAAACAGAUUCUGCGCUGAUGGAGCGCGGCAUCUAUGGUCUUGGUGGUUUCUUGAAGGUGGCGAAGGAGUUGCGGGUCUUGUGGAGCCCUCCGUACUUGUCUUGCUUGUGGUGUGUCUUUGAGCUGGCAGCGUAUCGCACAGCAAAUCCCACCGGGAAGAUCGUACUCAACCCACUGUUUAUUGAAAGUGUCUGCACGAUCAUGUUUCUUGGCAGCCUGCUGGGAUCGUUCCUGUUUCAGUACACCAUGCUCCGAAAAAUGUCGAUGACCAUGAUGAACUCGGCGUACGUCUUUGGCACGCUGCCGUUGCUCGUGGCCAUCCAUGUGUUGCGACGUGAAGUGAAGCUGAGGCACCUACUAGCAAAGGGUCUGCGCGAGUUUGACCUGCGCAAUGCUGACUGCCGGAAUGAUUUUGACCGUGAGUUCAUUUAUGCAGGCAUCAUCCAGUGGUAUGGCAGCAAGGAAGCCUUCACCAGAUAUGUCCGUGGAUCUUUGAGGAGGGAACUCAUUGGUUGUACAUAUAUGCAGUUGAAGAUGCCGCCCGCAUAUCUGGUGUUGAUUUGUUUGGCUCCAAUCUCUAACUCUUUGGAAAGCCUUUUGGCUUUGCUGAUGGGUGAAUGCCCAGCAGAGAUCGUCUUGAGAUUUGUUGUUGGACAGAUCCUGGCUACGGACAUUUGCUGGCAAUUGCUGUGUCUCAAAUUAGCCCUAAACCUCUGUGACACACUUGGGGCUUUCGUUUGGCCUGGAUGUUUGAACUUUGUGAACUCUCUCAUCAUCCACAUGAUCUAUUGUGUCUGCCGAGUGGCUGGCGGGACGAUUGGCAACAUUGUCUGGAUGCAAGGACUCGAUGUGAGCUUGCUGUGGCUUGGGGCCAAUGUGCUGCUGAUUGUGCUGAUGGUAUUUCUCUCAAUGAUCAUCAAGAAGAAGAUUGCCUGCAAGAUGGAAGAAGAGCAAGCUCAAGACAGCGUGAGUCCAUGUAACUACUCCCCUGUUUCGUACUGAACGGUAUUUUUUUUUGCGAUCCCUUCCAGUUGUGCCACCCCAGAUGGGGAAAACAGCACGGUGGCUGGGCAGUGUACAGAAACGGAGCGCAUCCCUGUUAAGGAUGCCAGAAACAAAUCAUGAUAAGACGCGA